UCCCUACUUCGAUGGCGAUUGUCUUGACCGUGGGGUCGACCGUGGGGGAUCUGGUCACACACCGCGCCCGCAAUGUGCACAACCAGCGAGCAUUUUCAAUAUGGCGGUCAACAUGGCGAAAAGUUGGUGCGUUUUCCGUGUUUCGAAGGAAAUGUUUCCUUUCCCCUCGCGUCUUGUGAGGCAAACGUUUGAAAUCAGGACACGUAGCGCAUGUACAGAAGCUCCUAAAUCCCAGGAAGAUGGUGAGCUGCCAACAAAAAGGAAGGAGCUCAGGAAAAUGAAGUCAGCAAUAUACAAGAAAAACAGGCAAGAUCCAGCCAUGGAAAAAGCAGCACGACAAGGAGAAUUACUCAUACCACUGGACACAGUGAGAAAGGAAUGGAUGUCAAAGAGUGAAUUCUCCAUAACAACAAAGCUUGCGAGGCAUUAUGACAUCUUUGAGCACAUGUUCAAUAGAGAAGAGUUCACACCAACAGUGAUGAUGUCAGUUACAUUUGGGGAGACAGAUCACGUGCAUAAUGGGAACUUUUUAACACCUUCUCAGGCUUCUUGUCAGCCAACUGUCAAUUAUGUCUGCUCAGAAGACAGCCAUUGGACACUUGUAUUUUCUAAUCCAGAUGGCAACCUGAUAGACAAGGAUACAGAAUUUUUACACUGGAUGAUAGGAAAUAUUCCAGGCUCCAGAAUAGCUAAUGGUGAGGUUCUCUGUGAAUAUCUGCCACCAGUGCCAGCCCAGGGAACAGGAUUUCAUAGAUUUGUUUUCUGUUUGCUCAAACAAAGUGGUAAACUGGAUCUAGGAAAUGACCUCUGUAGAAAUGGAAGAGAUAUCACCAGUCGUACAUUCUCCUUAGCUAAGUUUCUUUCUGAUCACGACAACCAUUUGACUCCUGCUGGCUUGUGCUUCUUUCAAGCCACGUGGGAUGAGAGUGUCACCCAAACAUUUAUGGAAAUGUUAGGUAUGACGGAACCUGUGUACAAGGCCAAAGAGUUUUUGAAACCUGAAGAAAUUCGGAAAAAUCUAAUCAGAGAAUUGUCAGAAAGGAAGUACAGAAAUAUGUGACAUGGUUCAGACAAUGUAGCACAAUCUUAGAAAAUGCAACAUGUACCAGUAGUUGAAUGUCAAAACCAACUCUCUGUACAUUUUCCAGUAAAUGUUAUAGUGUAAAUAAACAAAUAUUCUACAUGUACAAAGAAUUCAAACAGUGUACUUCUACACAUGUAUGAGUAAUUCACAUCAACUGACUUGGGGUGCAUUACUUUGGGAAAAUCCCAAAUCUUUACUAAACAGAUCAAUCCAAGAUCACACAUUCAGCAAAGAAAUCGAAGAAUCCUUGCCUAGAGUGCAUUUUUCGGGUCCUUUGAUGCACCAUGAUCCUGGUGAUCUUGGAUUUCCAUUUGGGGUAUUUGCUCCCCAUUUGCCCAAAGCAUAAACCAACUGUUCACUUCAUGUAAGACCAUGUAAAUGGCAACCUGACAUGGUAUCAUACAUUAUUGCAUUUCACAUGUUUUCUCUAACUCACAGUGAAAUGGUACUGUAAAGGGCCAGGUUGUUCAAAACACGAUUAAGCUAACCCAGGAUUAGUGAGAAUUUUGAUUUCAAUUUUGUAACUUUUU